AUGAAUGCGGAAGACGGAGAAUACAAGUCGUUUGCCGAUGUGAUUACGGAAAUACGAUGUCUUUUGUUGAACUGUUACAAAUAUUUUGGCCCUAGACAUAAGACUACUUAUGCUGCUUUGAACGUUGAAAAAUUACGUCUAAAGAGUACAACAGAUGUUCAACAGGUUUUGGAUAUAUUUAAAACGGAGAAGACUUACGACUAUAAAUACUUAUACCCUAAAGACCAUUAUGAUUCAAAGUUAUUAAAAAGUGUCGCUCAUUGUCGUCCAGAACGAUUGAAGAUAUAUCAUAACGCUAUUGAGGAUAAGAUUGCCCUAACUGAGAAAAGUGUUAUGUUAUUAGAAGAACUAAAUAGAAGGAAAAAUGAAAUCGAUUUUGAUUGCCACAGUCAAUAUGUAACUUCAAUGUGGGAGUUGGCUGAAAUCGGAAACUUCGUAUCUGCUCUUGCUGGGACUUUUCAUAUCGGAGAUGUAUAUCAAGGCGAAAUCGAAGGGAUGUUUUUGAUACCUAAAGAGUCGACGUUAAUGAGUAAAAUAAUGACAUUAUUGUUGGGGCCGAUGAGCGGUAAGAGAUGUAUCAAUAAUUUAAUGUCAUACAAAGUUUGGACCGAGAAAUUGUCGAAAAAAAUAUCGAGUUGGUUUGAAGUUUACCACGAAAAGGACCAAGGCAAAGCUAAGGUUUUCAAAGAAUUCGGCAUCCAUCGAGAUUUUUGGACUGUCGUGGGCGACAAGAACCCAUUAAUCGAUAAAGAAUAUUUUGAAUUGCCAUACUUGGUUAAAGUCUGGUUACUUAAAGGACUGUGCGAUCAUGUACUGUUUAAAUAUAAAAGUAUGAAGGACAUUGUUGUAAAAUGUAAAGAAGAGAAAUGUACAGUAUGGAAAAGCAAUGAUGGUACCGAAGAGUAUUUUUACUUUAGUAUAAUGCCCGAUCUGCGACUGUACUAUCAUAAAACUUCCAAUGAUAAGAAGGUAACUAUGCGUUUUUACAGGAGAACUUAUGUAAAAAAAUGUAAAUGA